UCGUUGCAGAUGUGUCACACUUCAUGCCUGGCUCGCGCUUCAAUUUAGUUUACAUUCACCGCACACGCACCGAUACACACACGUUAUUAGGGCAUUGUAUUAGGAGCAGGGCAAUGGCUUCCGUGAGUGUGGUAGGACCAAGACAGCAUCGUCCUAGCCCAGACCAGGAGUUUUUCUUUAAGGAAAUAACGGCCACCGGGAAUAAGAAAAUAACGUUACCGAGGAAAUACUCCCUGGAGAAUAUGGUGACCAGGAAGAUAUCGGUGAAGCGGGAGUGCGGUUCGGUGUCGGUCUUAUCAGCAGUCACAGCAACCCGAAUAAACCCGUCCCUGACCCCGGCACACCAACGAGCAGCAGCCGAGGUAGGAGGGGGGAAUCCCGGGGUGAGAAGUGGGGCUCAGCCGGAGCUGGUGCCACGUAGCUUCGACAGAGAACGCGACAGCAGCAGGCCUGAUUGUGGGCACACGGAGAGAGACAUGACGGCGGCGAGGGAGGACACUGGUCAAAGCGGACGGAGGGCAAGCGGCAAUGACUAUGCCGAUGACGGAGGGAGUUCACUGAAGACCGUCACAAAUGUUCGUUCAAGCACAUCGGCCAACGAACAGAUAGCAGAUGCCAAGUGUGACAGAUCAAGCGCGCCCACAAACGGACACACUGGCGCACACUCACAUCGGGACCGGCCAGUCAGGAUGCGCGCAUCCCACAGCCUCCCUGGUGAGACCACCGGGCCGGGUACCAAAGGGGACACCGGGGGGCCACCGAUGGAGCGGUUGACACAGGGAAGGACAGGGGUCGUUAAACUCGCGCGCACAGAACCACACCGGAAGGAGGCCUGGUCAAUAUUUGCCUCCCAGGAGCAGGAGGACCCACGCGUGCGUGCGGAGACAGGGGAGGGCCACCUGUUCUGGACCAGAACAGUUACUCAGGACUGGUGCGACGUUUGUAACAAGCCAAUCAACGCCCAGCAGGCGCUCAAUUGUAAAAACUGCAGCUACACCUGUCACCUGGAGUGUGAGGGGCGGGUCCAGCUGGACUGCAACCAGAGAGACAGCAACCCACAGGAAACUCCAUCUCCCAGAAGACACUGCUCCACGCCUCCUCAGUACAAGCAGAAUGAGGUCAAAGAGGAACAGGAGGGAGGACCCAAGGCUCUGUCAGAGAAAGAGGUGCGUGCCAGGAUAGAGGACUACAACUCUAACGUCUCAGAGAAUGGCAUGAAUCUGGCUGCUGAUGGUUUGUACACUGGCUUCAUUAAGGUCCACCUCAGGCUGAGUCGGCCAGUCACGGUGCUUGCUGUGGAGGGUGCGGGAUUAGAGGAACUGUCAGGCAAGCCAGACAGACGCGGUCGACCAAUGACGGUGUCAGAGGGCCAGGGAGCGGGGUUGAGUGACAAGCGGACGUCGUUCUACCUUCCCAGUGACUGUGUGAAGCAACUCCACAUCAGUAGUACUACCACAGUCAGGGAGGUCAUACAGGGCCUGCUGAAGAAGUUUAUGGUGCUGGAUAACCCACGCAAGUUUGCCCUGUACAGACAGACACACCGCGAUGGACAGGAUCUGUUCCAGAAACUUCCUCUGGUGGAGUGUCCUCUCUGUCUGAGACUGGUGGCAGGGCCAGACCCUGAGCUGCUCAGCUUUGUCCUCAAGGAGAAUGAGACCGGAGAGGUGGAGUGGCAUGCGUUUUCAGUUCCUGAGCUGCAGAACUUCCUGGUGAUUCUGGAGAAGGAGGAGACUGAGCGUGUGCGAUUGGUGGAGCAGAGAUUCACAGCUUACCGACAGAGAUUGCAGAAGGCACUAUGCGAGCAUCAACCCUGAUCCCUCACCCUUGAUCCCUCAUCCCUAAUCUCUCACCCUGACCCUUCAACCCUCACCCUUCUGUUGACCCAGGGAGAGACAGGAGACCACUGAAGCUCACAGACUACUAUUCUCCCCUCAUUACACGGUCAGCCCCCCUCCAUGGAAAGGGAAAAGGGGACUGAUUAAAGGGUGAGUGGGCAGGAUUCUGGAACAUAAUCAGUGUUUCCCUGGGAGGUGAAAGACACGAUGAACUGACGGACCCUCUGGGCUCAUAUAUCGCAUUUUGGUCUGACAAUGUGACCUGAUGGGGCCUCCUAAUGUUACAUUGAAUCUCAGUUUGGUCUGAUUAUGUUUUCAAGAUUAUACUGCUGCUGCUGCUACUGCAAGUGUUACUUAUUUACUUACUUAUGUAUUUACUAAGGCAUGAGUCUCACCCUGCUCUAUCUGCCCCAGCGCCCCUGCAUAAAGAUUCAGAUGGGCUAGAACAGACAUUACCAUUCAAAACAACGCUCCAUGGUGGAUGGAUCAUUGGGAAUGUUCCAUUACUUGAUGUUUACGAUAUCAACUCUCAGGUCGUCCCUGCAUGCCUUCUGUCCAGGGUCGAGGGUAGGUUAGAAGGGUAGGAGACGGGUGGGUAUGCUUGAGUUGCGAAGUAGGGUUGAGAUGCUGGGGUAAAGCUAUGUUCGUCUUCAUCUUCAGACUCCUCUCAUAUCAGUCCCAGGGAUGUACACCAGUGUUUCUCAUAGAACUGCUCUGCUGAGCUAAGGAGGCAACAGAAGAAAACCUGAGCUCUCUAAUCCUAAUUGAUUUAUCCAGCGCUGAAAUAACCCCUCUAUCUCAGGCGGCUAACUUUCACUUAAUCCUGCAUCUCCAUCUACCUUGGGUAACCAUGCUAGUGUGGGAGGUGUUGUGCAAAUAGAUGUGUAUAUCAUAAAUAGAUGCUAUUCCCAUAGACACUAGUCUCUUCAGAUAGCCAUUGAGUACCCUGACUACAUUCACAUAAACAGAGACAUAUGUCUUCUGUACCUGUUAUUCAUUCACCCAUCCUACAGAAGCUAUGUCUUCUGUACCUGUUAUUCAUUCACCCAUCCUACAGAAGCAUACCGUAUGUAAACAAUGAGUAGAUUUCUUCAUUGCAUGAAUCAUCUGCUGGAGUUUAAAUCAUUUUCAAACAGUUGAUGUUUUGACUCUUCAUAUACUCUUCACCCUUCCCUCAUCAAUAACCUCUGACCUUUAUCUCCUGAACCCUAACCUGGAAAUGUACAUUUCUCCUGAUGGAAGACUGCUUUGCUGCUGUUCCCAGUGUCUGUGGAGAAGAUAUGCAGCUGUAGCUACUGUUGUUAGAGGCCUGUUAGAGCCAGACACUCUGUGCUGCUGUGAUGGGCCCCUGAAGCCCUGCUACUGAGCCGACUGUUACAGGACCGAGUGAAUGAGGAACUGAUGCUCAAACACUGAUUAAGGGUCAAAAUGUCAUCUGCCAGUAGUUGUUCCUGGUCAGUUCAUGUAGUUGGGAAAAACUCCUGUUCCUAUAGUUCAUUGAGCUGAGAAACCCCAUUCUGGUGAUCACACCAAAGUUAAGAGGGACAGGGGCCGUGGGAUAUAGCUGACUGAAAAGAUGACGUAUUGUAGGAAAAUACUUUUUUGCACACUAAUUCUGGCCACAGAUUGGUCUGCCAGUCUGUAUAGUAUCCUAGAGAAGGAGCAUGAAAUUAGUGAUUUUUUCUUUCAUUUUUUUAAGGGAAAAUGAUCAUACAAUUAAUGUUUAUCUGAGUCUGAUGCAUAUGUAUAUAUGUAAACAUUGGAGGACAAAUUAUUAUUAUUGAUUAUAACUAUUGUUAGUUGAAUUGGUGUGUGCGUCUGGGCUGAAGAUAAAGGUAUAAAUGUUAUAUGAUAGUUCAUAUCUAUGUAUUCCAGUCAGUCUCUCUCCUCGUCCAAAAGCACAUGCCUUCCUGAUGCUGAGCCCCUUCAUCAAGCCUGUUUUAUUCCUGCCCUCACAGGGCUUAUAGAAGCCACACAAACAGAUCUGAGACCAGACUACAUGUCAACGAUGGAAACCAUAAGAUUGUGUGUGUGUGUGUCUUUGUGUGCUUACAUCUGUGUGUGUGUUAUUUAUUUUAUGGUUCACCCCCUUCGGCUUGGUGUUAAGUGUCAGAGGAUGUGGGCAAUCAAUGCUUUCCAAUAAUCUCUUAGUUUGGUUUAUCUGAAGAAUCAGAUGUGUAUAUAGAUAUCUGUAAAGAAAAUGAAGAAUUAAAUAAAUGUCAUC